AUGCCGACGCACGUGCCGGAUCCCGCGCCCUGCGCCGUUGAGGCAACAUUGUGGCGGGCGUGCCUAAAGGAGUUUGACUACGGCCCGGACCGCGCCGAGGGGUCCUGCGAGAAGCAGCGCGUUGGCUACUACAGCUGCAUCAAGGGCUGGAGGGAGCGACAGAACGAGGCCUACGAUCACAGCAGGUUCAAUUUAGUGAAGGAGUGCGCAAGGGAGGCGGAGAAGCUGCAUCAGUGCAUGAUGGUCAACAUGUUCGAGGCAUCUCGUUGCCAGGAGGCGAUGGCGCACCUGAAGCGCUGCGCCGCACGGCACGACCCGGAGGUGCGGAGGGCGCUGGCAGACGAUCCCGCGCUCACUGCCUUGGAGGAGGAGCCGCAGGGCAUCAAGCGGCUGUGGUACCGCGCCAUCGGCAAGCUGUGA